GAAUGCACAAUGUUAUCGAACUGGCGAAACAGUACAAAUUAAGGAUAUUUAUUCCAUCCACGAUCGGUGCAUUUGGUCCGGAUUCACCACGGAAUCCUACCCCAAACGUGACCAUACAACGUCCUCGAACGAUUUAUGGUGUUAGCAAAGUGCAUGCCGAAUUAUUGGGUGAAUACUAUCAUCACAGAUUUGGGCUUGACUUCCGGUGUCUUAGAUUUCCGGGUGUCAUUAGCAGUGACCCACCGGGCGGUGGUACCACAGAUUACGCAGUAGCAGUUUUUCAUGAAGGAUUGCUUACUCAAAAAUAUGAGUGUUAUUUAGAACCCUAUACGAGGUUGCCAAUGAUGUAUAUAGAGGAUUGUUUGUCAGCGCUUUUUCAAUUUUUGAACACUCCAAAGGAGCUACUACAAAGGAGGGUAUAUAACGUUACUGCUAUGAGUUUCACACCUGAAGAAUUGUUUGAAGAACUGAAGAAACAUGUUCCUAACUUGAAGAUUUCAUACAAACCAGACGGAAGACAAUAUAUUGCUGAAAGUUGGCCGCAAGUUUUUGACGAUAGCGAGGCACGGCGAGAUUGGGGAUGGAAACACAAAUACAAUUUAGAAAAACUU